AUGUCACAGACAUUGUGCACUGUAAGGAGAAAGUUUGGUGGAAAGAGAAUUCCUAUGAAUAUCCCCUCUGCUCCCAUGGAUAACAUUUCAUUUCAUUAUGAAACAGGUGUUCAGAAGUGGAAGUAUGUUUUCCAAAUAGGGAUUUCUUGUGAAAGAGAUCCAGGUAAAGAAUAUUUUGAUUGUAAAGAGAGAAUGAAGUUUCUAAAAGCAGCUGGGUUAAUGAAAAUUGUAACCGAUGGUGGUCCUUGCUAUGAAAAAUUGGUUAAGGAAUUCAUUGUGAACAUUAAUGUUAAGUGUAAUGUUGAAGGCAACAAAGAGUAUAGAAAGGUGUAUGAUAGAGGAAAGUGUGUGAAGUUUUCCUUUUCAGUAAUUAAUGACUAUUUAGUCAAAAGUAAGUCUUCAAGGUCUGAUAAGGUUCCCUCAAUAGACAAGAUUGCUAAAGAGAUCAUUGGUGGGCAAGUGAAGCAAUGGCCGAAGAAAUGUAUACUCUCUAGUGGAAGCUUGAGUGUGAAGUAUGCUAUUCUUAAUAGGAUUGGUGUAGCUAAUUGGACACCCACAUAUCAUAGUUCAGGUAUAACCACUGCUUUGGCCAAACUUAUCCUCCAAAUAGGAACAAAGGCAAAGUUGAAUUUUGGAGAAUAUAUGUUUGAGAAAGUUAGGAAACAUGUUGAUUGUUUUUCUAUGAAGCUUUUUAGUGAUGUUCAGUUGUUGAAGACAAUGUUGAAUGUUGGAUCUGGUUAUCCUAAGUUGAUGAAGGAAUUUAUGGUUAAGAAUGAUGGUAUUACUCAUGGGUUGCUAAAUUUCAGGUGCAAGCUAUUUGUUGGGACAGAUGUCAUAGACAUUAGUCUUCCCAAUGUUCUUAUUAUUGAUGAAUUUGGUUUUGAUAAUAUGCUAAGUCUGCAAUCAGAAGCAGCUAUUGUCACAUCACUAUUCUGUAUUAGGUAG